AUUAUUAAUAAUCAUUUCAGUGUACCUACUUUACUGUUUAGUGUUAAAUGUGUAAAAGUAAAAUUGAAAUCUCCGAAAAAGAAUCUUUUACCUAUUGAGUAUUUAAGUAUUAAUAUAAUUAAAAAAUAACUUAUCAUGAAUACCCAAAAAAUUAAUUGGGACAACAUUGAUGAGCAUAUUUUUGAAGUUAAUGAGGAAGAUGAAGGAUUAAUAAUUGAAGACAUCAACACAAUUGAACAUAAGUAAAUAACAAUGGACUUCUGAUGGAACUAAGCUUUUAAUAAGUCUCAGGGUUUCAUAUGCAAAACAAUUUUUAAAAGCCAAAAAGAAAGGGAAAAAAAAUGAGCUUUGGGAAAUCAUAUCAAAUGAAAUGCUUGAAAAGAGGUAUAAAUUUUCAUCCAGACAGUGUGACGAGAAAUUGAGACGUCUUCUUACUCAGUAUAGACGAACACACGAUGCCAUGAAAACGUCUGGAAAUAAUGCAGUUUAAUGGCAGUACUACCACUUAAUGCAACAAGCUUUAGAACCUAUAGGGAAAAAACAAACUAUGUCACCGUCAAAGAGCUUGUUGCAUGAAUCAUCUAUUUCACCAUUGGUAUAUCGAUCUCGUCCGUCUGUUUCAUCUACACUAUCUCAACAACAUUCGCCUGUUUCAUCUGCAACAUCUGAAUAUAGUGGUGAAUUUGUUUCACUUCCAAUAGUUCAACAACAUAUGUCUGUUUCAUCUCCGGCGUCUGAAUAUAGUGGUGAUACCGUUUCAACUCCAAUAGUUCAACAACAUACGUCUGUUUCAUCUCCGGCGUCUGAAUAUAGUGGUGAUACCGUUUCACCUCCAAUAGUUCAAAAACAUACAUAUCUGUCAACUCCAACCUCCCAACGUUGCGAAUCACCAAAAAAUACAAAAACCCAUUGGAUGAAAGAGAUAAUUGCUUUCAAACAAGUGCAAAAUGAUGCAUUAACCAAACGGCUUGAUAAAUUAGAAGAAAGAGAGGGCGAGAUGCUCAGAGUUCAACAACAGCUUGUAGUUAAACUAGAAUAAGCUAAUGAUAUUGAGAAACAAAAAUUAGAGCUGUUUAGAACCAUGUUUAGUGGUUAGUUUUUCAAUAUAUCAUGUUACAUAUUUGUAUUAUUAUUACAAUCAUAAAAAGUACUAAGAAUGAUGAGUAAAUUA